AUUUUAGGUUCAGACCAUUAAUUGCCAUGCUCAUCUGUUUCCAGUGUAGUGGGUUUGUGGUGUAACCUUGCUGUUAUAGCCUCUGGAAAAUACACACACACACACACACACACACACACACACACACACAGUGGCAUUGCUCUCCUGCUCUUGCAUGCAUGUGUGUAUGCUGAAGUCAGGACAUCUUUUGUUCUGAGGAGUGCGGAGAAUUAAUGAGAAGCACAGUGAGCCUGAGGCAUGGGCAUGCAAACAUCCACCCACGCAUACUCACCUACAGGAGCUUACGUGCACGUCCAGCAUGAAAUUCAGGAAGGCCUCAGCAUCAGCAGACUCUCAUUAGCGAGGCCUAGCAUAUAUUGUUCAUUCAAGCAUGUUGUGUGUGUGUGUGUGUCAAGAAUAUAGCAGUCUGUGUGCGGCUGAGAAGCUCAGUGCAGGUCAGGAAUAAAGGGUUGAUUGUGUAGGGACUUCUCUUGUUACUGUGGAAAACCCCAAAGCUAGCCACACCACAUGAGUCAGCAAUGGGGCAGAAGCAAUGCAAGGAGUGGAGACACCCAGUGAUUGAUCAUUGGUCUAAAAAGUGUGUGCGUGUGUGUGUGUGGGCAGGCAGGUGUAAAUCCACAGAAUUCUGUAUGUGAAAGAGAUCUGCGGAGAAGUGCGAGUUUGUGAGCUCGGUGGUGGUGAAGGUCAAGUCCAGUCCCUUCAGAGUUUGUGUGCUCACACUCCUCCGUGGAAUGCCCUGUCUAAACACCAUAACCUCUGUCCAGGGUAUCUGGUUUUCUCAGCGGAUAAACACACACAUACAGUGACCUGCAAUUUCAUAAACCAAAAUCUUGGUUAAAGCACAUGGGGCCGAUCUAGAGUUGAAAGACUGUUAUUCAAAAGAGGACAGUGUUUGCCUCAUGUUGACACUAGUGUUAUAGCAAAUAGGACAGCCAUCUCUCAGGCUUUACCAAAUGGAGCUGCUGUCUGCUGUGUGAGUGUUAAACCACUAGAGGUCUAUCUCUCCUUUGAGGUGAAUAUAACUUCUCUGUUCGCUGUUAUUUGGCUAGGUUUGUGUGUGUCCGUCAGGCUUCUCUGUGCUUUUGGACAUCAAAGGUGUUUGUGUAUUUGAUAUUUUUUACUUGUUUUUGUGUGUAUGUGUGUGUGUUAUUACUUUUGGUUUCUAUUCUCCUCAAUCCACUGUACUGUAUAAGCCUGAUAUACCAUAUCACUGUGUGAAUUGCGUCAUACUUGGAUUUCUUGGGUUUGUGAGCCUCCGUAUUUUCUAUGGGCAAUAUUCCUCUUGGAAUGUUAAAAUCACUAUAUUUUAGGUUAAAUCUCAAAGUAAAAGAAAACGGGCAUGGAAAUUAGAGACAUAAAAUAGACAUUGUGAGAAAGAGAACCCAGCAGAGAUGAAAUAAAUUCAAAAUUCAAAAUAAAUUCUGGAAACAUAAAGAAAGUAUUGUCAGCACAAGCAUCAAAUUAAAGAUAACGCAGUAACAUAAAAACGGCAUGAUAGGAAUUUGGUCAUUACCCCAAAGGUACAAUACUACUGUAAAUUCUACCAGUACUUGGUCAUCAUGGUCAUGGAUCAUUCAUGGUAGUGACCACAUUACCAUGUCACAGUACACAGUGUUAAAAACAAUUCCAUAAGCUGUCAGUAUCAUGGAGAAACAAACAACAACACAACAUAUGCUGAAGUACGAUGACAUGUACAGCCCAGUUCAAGAUAGGAAAACAACACACUGGAUAUACACCCUGAACUGAAGGUUUCUCAGGUCAUUACAAUCGAUAAUUUAGUUUUUUUUCUACCCCAUUGUUUACAGAUAUUUCUGAUGGAAACACACCUGGUAAAGCAUCAGAAAGCAUAAUAACUGGAAGUAUUGGCAAGUGCAAAUUCUGUGUUCUGAUUUUUGGUGGGGAUACUCUUUCAUUUUCAUUUGUUUGCUAUGUUAACUUAGUUAUCCUAGUUAGUUAUCUUAGUUUAGCGUGUAAGCGUUCUGCCAUUUGCUAGAACUAAACACAAAGUGAACAGGUGAUGCUUAUGGGAAUGUUAUUAGUUUUGGCUGCACUUAGGCACUGUAUGUGGUGUGUCAUUAGUUUUGUAGGUAUUUUGUCAUAAACCAGAAAAGUAGAGGUCAAAUUUAAGAUUUGACCUGAUGAUUGUGCUACAGGAAAAGUCAUAUACAAUACAUCAUCAAAGACAUCAGCCUCCCUCGUUUCCCUACAAAAUUUCAUGGCAGACCAAAGCAACAAAUAACAACAUAGAGGAUUCCUCUCUCUGUCUUUCUUCCAGCACAUCUAACUGAAAUACUUCCCAGUAGCAGCUUUUUUUACCCUUGUUAUUUAGUUUCAAUUCCUUUCUCAGACAAUCUUUGACCAGUAUAAACAUAAAACAGUCCUGCCUAUCGUCUGAGUUCAUCAUCUGAGUUGCCUUAAUUCUCUUGUGCCGUGUGAGAGCCAAAGCUCCAGGCUCCAACUGCUGGCCCCCGGGUUGUAAUGAAUGUGGGAGAGACAAAUGGACUGAGCAAGAUUAGGCAGUAAGAGAGAUGGGGUUGACUAAUAAUAGCCUCCACUAACAAAAUAGAUAGAGAGAGUGAGACAAUGGGAGGUGCAGUUAAAUAGAGGGACGACAAAGUCAAUCUGUCCAUCCUGCCUCUGCUGUUGUCACAUCUUUCUCACUCCUGCUUCUGACUCUGGUAAGGUCCCUUCAUGGUGUGGUCUGUAAAGUUUUUCAGGUGUGGUGUUAAGCCAUUUUUAGGGUAGAAAAAUUAAUCGAUGACAGUUUGAAUAGCUACAUUUGUUUGAUGAAACCAUUUAUUUGUUGAAAAUUAGCCCCGUAGGCUUUAUACGAGUUCUCAAACAUCGGUAUGUAAAAACAGUGGUUUAUACAAUGGAAAUAUUAUAUUUAGUUGUGUGGCCCUGCGAUGGACUGGCGACCUGUCCAGGGUGUACCCCGCCUUUCGCUCAAUGUCAGCUGGGAUAGGCUCCAGCCCCCCGCGACCCUGUAAACAGGAUAAGCGGUUGACGAUGGAUGGAUGGAUGGAUAUUUAGUUGUCUUCACACAGAUCUAUAAGUGCUGAUUGCAUAUUUUUGAGGGGAAUUAGUGUACUGUACAGUAUAUAAUGUCGAUCCAGUAAACGGUGAUACAAGUACAGAUGCAGAGAGCUAUCAAGUGUUUUAACGCCAUUUUGUCAAUAGCCUGGUUUCAUCCUUGGGGCUGUGGCUUCACCUAAACCAUAAGUGCAAAACCCAGGACGAUCAAUUAUAAUAACACAAACUACUUGGUUUAAAUCUGUGGCCAAAGCAGCACUGCUCAAAUCAGCGGCUGACGUGGACUUUCCAAAGCACCUUGGGCUGUUUUUCAAAUUGCCAAGUUGGCUGCACCACAGAGGCUCAUAAGCAUCCAUGAGUUACUGGCGGUAAAUCCCUGAUCCAGACCGGGCACCCCAGAGCACAAUCACCCUCCACAGCUGUCUAUCAGAUGUCCCCUGGUCUAUUUAGGGAGACAGGCCACUCUAAAUUCCUCCCCCUAAGAUAAUCCUGAGGAGAAAGAUGGGGAUGAGAGACCAGAGAAAUGGAUGAGGGAUGGCUAUCAGUCUGGAAUUUUCCUAAUCCGUUGGAGCAGCUUGUAACCCCAUCAUACUGGGAGGUCUUAAGUGGCAUCAUUCUCAACUGGGACCAACUAGUAAAAUGGGUGAGGGACAUAUAGAGAGAAAGGGUGAGAUGAGGUGAGACAGAGAAGGGGUGAGUCCUGUAAAUUGCUUGUUGAUUUGUUAAAGGGCAGAAGGCCAUGAGACUGAGGGAGAGGAGGGGUAGGAUAAUGUGAUGACAAAGGUGAAACAAAAUUAUUGGGAAGGAGCUGACAAGGCCAAUUAAGUGACUUCAAAUACAGGCUCACCUUAUGCCCUGUUAAUGUUUAACACCCACUUUUUUUUUCAUAAUACAUUUACAUUUGGUAGACUAUAUUUAUUAAGCAAAACUGUCCACAGUGAGGUCUAAGAAUUAUUUUAAAAAUCUGGGACACUGAUUCUUGAAAAGGCAUGCUGCUGCUGAGUUUCUCUAAUGUAAAGUUUUGAUGCGCCACAUACAAAAUUUCCAUUAGCUUUGUGUUUCAACAAUUUAUCCACCAGGCUUCUACCUAAUUAUUUCAACUGUUUAUCCACUUCAGCACUUUUUAUCCACUUUUUGAUAACUUUUGCAAAUCCAAUAUUAAUUACUAUAACCUAGAGAGCUGUGGAAAUUUUUUUAAUUUAGUUGAGCUACGCGAUUUGGGUGAACUGAUCUUUUAACUCUCCUCAGUCAAAGGUUCUCAAAGAAAUCCGGUCAGGAAAAACUAUAAUUUUUCUACAACAAUGCAAUUUGGAAAGUCCUGCUGUGUUAAUGCAGAUAAGUUACACGUUUUGUUUUGUCAGCCAUGAAAAGCAGAAGCCACAUUUAAAUACUUAAGAAAGCGUUAAAUGCAGGCUCACCUUAUGCACUGUUAAUGUUUAACACACAGGAUAGAUGUCAGUGUGCAGAGUUUUGCAUGAUUGGCCUGCUGACAGCUUACAUACGUUGAAACAGACAACAUGACAACAUCUGACUGACUGCCCAUAGAGAAGUGUGGCAAGAUGAUCUGGCCCUCACAAAAGCUGAUGGACAAACAUUGACAACUGUUCAGUGUGUGUGUGUGAGUGUGUGUUUCUAAUCUCUUCUGUCUCUCCUCCAGUGAGAUCUCAUCAACAGGAUGCCUGAGCAUGUGCAAGAGAGGAAACCAAAGAUCUCGGCUUCAAGGAAGCUGAUGCUCAAGAGUCUGAUGGUGGCAAAGGCCAAGGAGGAACUGGAACAGGAGGUCCUGGUUAAAGAGGAGGAGAAACAGAAGUAUCUGGCAGAGAGAGCUCCUCCUCUGAACACCAGCGGCCUGAGCCUUGCGCAGCUACAGGACCUCUGCCGUGAGCUCCAUGUCAAGAUAGAUGUGGUGGAUGAGGAGCGAUAUGACAUUGAAGCCAAAGUCAUGCUCAACACACGUGAGAUUAAAGACCUGAACAUCAAGGUGUUGGACCUCAGGGGGAAAUUCAAGAGGCCUAAUCUUCGACGAGUUCGUGUGUCUGCUGACGCCAUCCUUCGCUCGCUGCUGGGCUCCAAGCACAAAGUCUCCAUGGACCUCCGGGCAAACCUCAAAUCUGUCAAGAAAGAGGACACUGAGAAGAAGAGGCCAGUGGAGGACAGCGACUGGAGGAAGAAUGUGGAGGCCAUGUCAGGGAUGGAGGGAAGGAAGAAGAUGUUUGAUGCUGCUAAGGGUCCUGCCCAGUGAAUCGGUUUUGUUUUCCUGUUUUGUUUUGGUAGCUUCUGCCUGUCUGUCUAAUGCUGUCAUUCUUGCAUAUGCUCCUGCCGUAGAGGUGAGAAGAUGCCCCCAGUCUCCCAAAAGGUUUUCUCCACUUUCCUUAACAACUGAUCUGUUUGUUGUUCGUUGAUAUGGUGUUAAACAUGACUUUACCUAUGUGUAUCGUUCUAUAAAUAUUUGCAGAACAAUGGCAAAAAAAUGAAGCUUAUAUCACUAGGAGACAAAUGUGGAUAGUGUUGUAACUUAAUCAGCAGGCCAAGUCAUAGUGUAGCCAGUAAUAAUAUGAACCUGGUCAAUUAAACUGCAUCUUUGAUGUUCUUGCUCGCUGAUGAACUUUAAGCAUGGCCUGUGGUUUUGUGAACUGUAAGAGAAUGAUAUUUGCACUUCAUCCACUGAAUUUACAUGAAUUUCAACAAAGCAAUAAAAGGUUGAAUUAA